AUGUUUGGUGUGCGAUUGGCGCAGUUGAGACACGUGUGUGGGCGCUCACAGCGGCAGCUGUGGGGUGGUAAGAAGAUCAUCUUUGGCGUCAAGUCUUCCGACGACAAGAAGAGCCCCAUCAAGCGAUGGGAGCCGAAUGUCAUCAGCAAGAACGUGUACAGCCACAUCCUGGAGAAGAAGAUCAAGGUGAAGAUGACCACGCGCGUGCUGCGCUGCAUUGACAAGGCAGGCAGCUUUGACAACUACAUUCUCAAAGCAAAGAACUUGGAAUCACAGCUCGGUGAGGACAUCAAGGCGCAGAUGGUGGCGGCUCUCGAGAAGAAGGGCAUCAACCCGCGCACAUACACAACCUACCCCAUGCACCUCCUCAACAAGACCAACAACAACAGCAGCAGCAGCAGCAGCAAGACACAGGCGCAGGCUGGCACAUCGUCGGCAGCAUCCGAGUGA